AUGGCUUCCAACCGGCAAUUCAGACGCAUUGGUACAUCUUCGAACAGCCUGAGCCAUAUUAGUUUAAACGAAGACGUAUUGAUCUUUAACGGUUCACCCUAUCCGGUAGAUAUGCCAUAUCAAUUAGUUGGAGCCCAGAGCGAGACUUUUUAUACCUCAAAGAGUGAUACCUCGUCCGAGACAAACGAAACCCAAAUGAAACAGCAAACGAUGAGUUCCCAUUGCCCACUCCAGCACGAAGAAGAUCACGAGAAAACGAAUCGGGACGAAACUGGGCGCCUAACCCAGAAAGACAUUGGUAUAUGGGUAAAAAGCUGGAGGAAUAAUCAUUCUAAUACCUCUACUCCUUCAAGAAUCAUGGCUAGUGUGAAAAGCCCAACCCUGCAUGGCAGCAAAAAUCAACCCAAUGCAGUCCCUAGAACUCAGUCACAACGCGAAGUCUCCCCAACGACAAUGCCGAUAGAGCAACCGCCUCAAACCCCCCCUUAUGAAAACUGGCAACCUACUCCCGCAUUGAGUGCAUCACCAGGCCCUGGCAAUGGCAAUGCAUGCCAGUCGUGCGAGUGGCAGAUGACAUCUGGCCCCGAUAUUCUUCCCCUUACCGCUUCCACAUACCCAAGUUCGCCAUGGGAAACGAACAAUGAUAGUUAUAGCAAUGCCUUUGGCUUUUAUUGCGGCCCAAGUUCACCCUUCUCUUCAGCAUCAUCAAGCAUAGCAACUCCAGAGCUUCCGUUAACAGCAAAAAAACCCGAUCCUCUAGCCACCACUGAGAGCUAUAUGUACUUCGAUGGCCCUGACUUGGACAGCUCAAACGAGGACUAUUCCAGGGCUAGCUCUAACGCAGACACGGACGCAGGAGAGCAGUAUACACUCAACGGCGGUGAGAAUGAACAGGCCAAGAGGAAGGCAUGUGGCUCUCACUGUCAAAGAAAUGACGAUAGAGAUGCGUUCCUUAUAAAGUGCAAGCUCGCAGGAAUGUCGUAUAAGGAAAUUAAGGCGAAAGGGAAGUUCACUGUGGCAGAGUCAACCCUGCGAGGCCGUUUUAGAAGCCUGACAAAAAGAAAAGAGCUUCGAGUGAGGAAGCCUGGUUGGCAGGACAGCGAUCUGAAACUUCUUUGUGAAGCUGUGCAACGAUUUGCCGAGCCACAGUCAAUCUCAGUCAUCGGUGACGAACUGCUACCGCCAAAAAUUUCCUGGAAACAAGUUGGAGACUACAUUUGGAAGAAGGGCGGUUCAUAUCACUUCGGAAAUGCGACAUGUAAGAAGAAAUGGGCGGAAUUGCAACGCAAUCAUGCUUAUGUUCAGCAAGCGUCUUUGAACAUGGCGUUUUAG